AUGUCUGUCCGUCCUAUCCAUAUUGCUGUCCUUGACACCGAUAUUCCUUGCUAUCCCGUCUACGCCAAACGAGGAUUGUACAGCUCACAAUUCAAUGUUCUUCUUACUGCCGCCGCAGAUCGCAUCAAUGCAAGCAAAUAUCACCAGCACAGAGCAUCUCUAGGCGUUAAAAUCACUGCAUUUGACGUUGUCGGGGGAUCAUUCCCACAUUUCGAGUCAUUACGAGUCACGCCUUGGUCGCCGACAGAAAAUCGAGCCCCUGGCUUCCCAGGUCCUGUCGAUGCGAUUCUCGUCACCGGAGCAGCAGCAGCCGUAUAUGAUGAUCUUCACUGGAUUGCGGGUUUGCGAUCUUUUAUCAAGCGGGUGUAUGCAGACUAUCCUAUGGUCAAGAUUUUCGGAUCUUGCUUUGGGCAUCAACUUAUAGCUCAAGCCCUCCUCGCAAGCGACAAGAGCUACACAUCCCAUGGCUCAUCGUUCAAGGUAACUGUCGAGCCUUCAUCCAACGGUCAUGAAAUUGGCAUGCAUCCGAUCACCUUGAACCCAGCUUUCGUCUUGAGUUUCCCACCUCUAGCUCGGUUUACUCCAGAACAACCAUUCUAUAUUCAGGUCAUCCAUGGCGACGCUGUGAUAUCUUCACCAGAAGGCACAAUAACUCCUGGGGGACAUGGACCGAUGUUGCCUGAACCGUGGCUCAGCGUCGGAAGCAGCCUCAAAUGUCCCAUUCAGGGCCUCUACAAGCCCGGCCAUGUUCUCACAUUACAAGGUCAUUUUGAAUUCGAUGCGUUCGCCACUGCUGAGCUCUGUCAUAAGUUCGCCAAUCAAUUUGACUGGCCUGCAGAUCUGCUUGCCUCGCAUCUCAAAAACAUCAGGCGCUCUGUGGUGCUUGGUAAAGAUCACGAUGAUUCCAAGGUAGCGGCGGAUGCGGUCCUUUUGUUUUUUGCCGGGGAAGACUUGAUUUUGAGCUCAGAUAUCAAUUCAACCUCAUCGUGA